AUGGAAGAUGACGACGACGACGGUGGAUCUUCUCACGGGCCCAGCACGACCCUUCGGAGUUUGCAGCUCGAGAGCGAGAAUCGCGACUCACCCAACAGCUCCAUGACCUCCAUGUCCGUCGCCUCAUCUGUCGCCGAUCAGAAGCCCAAAAUCAUGUUGAAAUUCAACGCUCAGUCUGAAAGCCCUUCCAGCACAAAAACCUACCUGUUUCAAAGAGCUCCAAUAACCUGCCGGCCCAAGUCAUCAAUUCCCCCCAGACUACACCCCUCCGAAUAUGCUAGUCAAUGUGUAGCAGCCGCCGAGGCCUCUAGGCUAGACCCUUACGCUUUACAUGAGGAUGAGCACAGAUUGUUACAGGACCAAUUAUGUAUAUCUCAUGUAACCGUCUAUCUGAAUAUCAGAAACGGUAUUCUUAGAUUAUGGACCCGAAACCCCAGCGUGUCCGUCAAUCUCGAAGAGGCAAUUGGAUGCGCAAGAGAUCAGAGGUGGACCCGUCUUGCCUGCUUUGCCUACGAAUGGUUAUUGCGACGAGGUUAUAUCAACUUCGGCUGUGUUGCUCCGCCUUUGACCAUCAAGACUGGUCGUGGCCGUAAGAAGGACCCGGCUCGAGAAACCAUUGUCGUCAUUGGAGGUGGCAUGGCCGGUUUGAGCACCGCCAGACAGCUAACCAAUCUGUUUCAACACUACCCCGAUCAUUCUGCCCCGAAAAUUAUCGUCUUGGAAGGUCGUCAUCGAAUUGGUGGCCGGAUUUAUUCUCAUCCACUAACCAGCAUGCGUCCCACCAAGCUUUCCCAAGAUCAAAGACCAACGGCCGAGAUGGGUGCCCAUAUCAUUGUUGGAUUUGAACAUGGAAAUCCUCUCAACGCGAUAGUCCGCGGCCAAUUAGCCCUCGACUACCACCUAUUACGAGACCUCUCUACUCUCUACGAUAUCGAUGGCACUCCUGUCAAUGGUGUUAAUGACGCCAUGGUUGAAAGAUUAUACAACGAUGUCCUUGAUCGCACGGGGCACUAUCGCCUGAAGAACACCGUGAAGAAGACUGCAGAGGGAGAAAAGGACGUGAUCGAUGCUGGUCGUGAACCAGCGGUUGAAGAUUCGAUUACAAUCAAACAAUUUGAAGAAGCCACUGCCUUAGGCAAUAUCGAUCAGCUACUACCAGCCAAAAAAUCCAGGCGAAGGGGUGCUGGUCAUCGAGCUGCCAAAGCUGAUCAACCUUCUGAAGAGAUGGACGUUAGUACCGAAACAAAAAUCCAAUUGCCAGCAGCACAAGCCGCCAAGGAAUUUGGAUUUCGUCUAAAGGAGACAACCGAGAUGCAUGAAACUUUGGAAUUGGAUGACCUUGCCAAGGAGCCCAAUCAGUCGCUCGGCGCUCUCAUGAAUACCGGGAUCGAUCAGUAUCAGAAAUUCCUCGAUUUGAAACCUUACGCCUUACGUCUGAUCAAUUGGCACUUUGCUAACCUAGAGUAUGCCAAUGCUGCUAAUGUGGACAAGCUAAGUCUCCGCGGUUGGGAUCAAGAUAUUGGCAACGAAUUUGAAGGAGAGCACGCUCAAAUUGUUGGCGGCUACCAGCAAGUUCCACGUGCUCUCUGGCGUUACCCUGAUCCACUUGACGUGCGUACCAACAAACCCGUCAAGAGUAUCAAGUAUAGUGCGGCCGGAUCCCAAGGGAAGGCAACGGUAACAUGUGAAGACGGUCAGUCCAUCGAAGCAGACCGGGUGGUCUUCAGUGCCCCUCUUGGAGUUCUAAAGGAGCAGUCGAUUCAGUUCGACCCUCCACUUCCUCAAUGGAAGCGUGAUGCCGUCGGACGAAUGGGAUUUGGUUUACUCAAUAAAGUUGUGCUUGUCUUCGAGCGACCUUUCUGGGAUGUUGAGAGAGACAUGUUUGGACUACUCCGGGCCCCUCGACGCGACAAAGCAUUCAGCCUCGACCACAGUGACUAUAAAGAAACGCGUGGACAAUUCUACCUCUUCUGGAACUGUAUCGAAACUACGGGUCUGCCUGUCUUGAUCGCCUUAAUGGCUGGCGAAGCUGCCUAUGAAGCUGAAAUGGUCAGUGAUGAGAUCCUUGUCGGCGAAUGUGUCCACCUCCUACGAAAUGUCUUUGGCCCACAAAAUGUACCUCCACCAGUUGAAUCGAUCGUCACUCGCUGGGGCUCGGAUCGCUUUGCUAGAGGAACCUACUCUUUUGUAGCUGCGGAGGCACGUCCUGGUGAUUAUGAUCUUAUUGCAGCCCCGAUCUCGAAUUUGUUCUUUGCAGGAGAGGCAACCAUAGCCACCCACCCUGCCACCGUGCAUGGCGCCUAUCUCUCUGGGCUUCGUGCCGCCCAUGAAGUUUUUCAAUCAAUGGUAGGCGAAAUUCCAAUUCCUCCGACCUUAGUACCUGCGUCAACGACAGCGAAGAAAUCAUCUACCAGCGCAAUCGAUUUGACACAAAUGGAAACCCAUAUGGCACAAAUUGGUAAGCGGAAGGGUGACGAAUUGGUCCCUGCAGGUACUUUCACCAGACCAGUCAAAGAGAAAGACAAUACUCUUCAAGAAGCAUGGGAUGCCGCCAUGUGGGUCAGGAUCUAUGAUGACCUUGGCCCACCACCAGUCAAGCCGGUCAAGGCAAAUAUCAACUCUUUCCUGCUCUUCUCUGGUGAACACUGGGAAGAAGUCAAGUCUCGACUUGCAGACCAACGAGCAAAGAAUGGCAAGAAAGCCAGACAAUCAGAACGUGACCAGGUUCGAGUGGAGCUUGGAAAGAUGUGGUCCUCUCUCACCGAGGAGGGGAAAAAGCCAUACGUUGAGAAGACGAACAAGAACCGAGAAGAGAACGAAAAGGGGAUGAAAGAAUGGUCCGUCAAGGCGGCAGAGUGGGACAAGCGGACCUGGGAGGUCAAAGACGUUUGGAUUAAGGAAGGAAACAGCUUCGAAGAGUUCUGUAAACGCAAGGAAGAAGACGAUCAGCUCAUGGAUGCAGCUGAGAUGGCGAAACGGGUCAAGAUAUGA